AGAGAGAGAGAGAGAGAGAGAGAGAGAGAGAGAGAGAAACGAUAACCAUCUGAACACAAAGCUGCAAGUUCAUUCGCGCUAAUGGCAGCGGCGCCGUUUGUGGAUCCGGAAAGGCGCACAGUCUGAGCGCAACAGACGAGAAAGAGAGACAGAAAGAAAGAAAGAAAGAAAGAAAAAAGAAAGUAAGGAAAACAACAAUAGAGAAAGACAGAGAGAGAGAGAGAGAGAGAGAGAGAGAGAGAGAGAGAGAGAGAGAGAGAGAAUAAGACAACGCCCGGAAGACGCAACUAGUCCGGAUGAGAGUGACACAAGAUGGAGAAUAAGCGCUGGAUGAGCUGAACUCUGCGCGUAAAGACAGAGAGACCGGGGGAAACUUCGCGCUUCGGGGAAGAAGAAAUAAAUACACAGCGUCUAAAGCAGGAGGAGAGAUUUUCCUUCACUUUGAAGCAUGGAGGAGUCCGGAGGUUCUCUCGGUCUGGCCAGGUCAGCUGCUCAGAAACUUUCCGAAAGGACGAAGCAGUUCGGCGGGGCGGUGCACGACCCCGAGCGCCAGCGGAGGAUUAUCUUAGUGAUCGUGUGCGUGGCGCUGCUCUUAGACAACAUGCUGUACAUGGUGAUCGUGCCAAUUAUCCCCGACUACCUGGCCGACCUGGAGAGCGAAAAUGAAGCAAACACACACAGUAACACCUCCACCGACAGCACCAAGGAGAACCUGGACGUAAAGAUAGGAGUUCUGUUCGCCUCCAAAGCUAUCGUUCAGCUUCUUGUGAACCCUUUAUCGGGGACGUUUAUCGACCGUGUGGGUUACGACAUCCCACUCCUAAUUGGGCUGACGGUCAUGUUCUUGUCCACCAGCGUGUUCGCAUUUGCUGAGAACUAUGGCACGUUGUUUGCUGCACGCAGCCUACAGGGUCUUGGUUCAGCAUUUGCAGACACCUCAGGCAUCGCCAUGAUUGCCGACAAGUACACAGAGGAGCCGGAACGCAGUCGUGCACUCGGUAUCGCCCUGGCAUUCAUAUCAUUUGGUAGCCUUGUGGCACCACCGUUCGGCGGAGUGCUGUAUGAGUUUGCUGGUAAGCGUGUACCGUUCGUCGUGUUGGCAUGCGUGUGUCUGGCCGACGGUAUCCUGCUGCUCACUGUGAUCAAGCCCUUCUCAGACCGGUCACGUGAGAACAUGCCCAUCGGCACUCCCAUCCAUCGGCUCAUGGUGGACCCAUAUAUCGCCGUGGUGGCGGGGGCACUUACGGUGUGCAAUAUACCCUUGGCCUUCCUCGAGCCAACGGUGGCCAACUGGAUGGAGACCACGAUGCACGCCACUAAAUGGGAGAUGGGCCUGACAUGGCUGCCCUCGUUCUUCCCGCAUGUUCUUGGCGUGUACUUGACAGUAAAACUGGCGGCCAAGUACCCACACCUGCAGUGGUUCUACGGUGCUCUGGGCAUGGUGAUUAUCGGUGCUAGCUCAUGCACCGUGCCUGCCUGCAAGAACUUCGGACAGCUCAUGGUGCCGCUGUGCGGUAUCUGCUUCGGGAUCGCACUCGUCGACACGGCACUGUUGCCCACGCUGGCCUUCCUUGUCGACGUCCGUCAUGUGUCUGUUUACGGCAGCGUGUACGCCAUAGCAGACAUUUCGUACUCCGUGGCCUAUGCCAUGGGACCCAUCGUGGCCGGACAGAUCGUCCAUAACUUGGGGUUUGUCCAGCUCAAUUUGGGCAUGGGCCUCGUCAACAUGCUGUAUGCUCCCGCUCUGCUCGUGCUGCGCCACGUCUGCCAGAUGAAGCCAUCUUACUCCGAGCGGAACGUGCUGCUGGAGGAAGGUCCCACAGGACUCUACGACACCAUCAAGAUGGAGGAACGCAAGCUGAAAAGAAAAGGACUGAGCACCACCACAAACACGAACAUCAACUCCACAACCAAUGCCCUUCCCAUCGAGGACGGAUUCGGCUCAAGAUCAUUCUCCGAGGAAGAGUCGUCGGGACCAGAGUACACUUAACAUCACACUCUUAAAUAAAGGUGCUAGAAAGGUUAUUUGCCAAACAUUCCAAAACAUAUUAAUUGAUGUAAGUUCUUAAAAGAAUUUGUAUUUGUUUCUCAUUGAUUCCUUGGCUCCUGGAUGUAUAUAAAAUGUCACAUAUGAUACAAUCCUGAAGGAUUUUCCAGGAAAGUUUAGUUUUAGAGUGGAGAAGAACCAUUUUUGGUUCCCCGAAUAACUUUUUAUUUCUUUAUCCACGUGGCAUUGGUGCCAGAAAGAACCUCAGAGAUAACAGGUUCUUUAGGAGCUCUAGAUAGUUCUUAGACUACUUAAAGGAUGCUACUUUCAGAGCGGGUUCUACACAGGAACAUCCCCAAAGGGAUAAACUGAAGAAUGCUUUAGCGUUACACAUUUGGCCUUUUAUAGCAGUUCUUUAAGCAAAUAAAUCUAUUUAACUCAUUAAAUCAUGGUCAAUUUUCUGGGAACCAAAAACUAUUAUUUUAAGGCAUUUCUGGCACCUUUAUUAUUCAAAAGAAUAGUAAUAUUUUAUUUAAAAUGAGAAAUUUUCCUAAUCCCAACCUAUCUCUGAUGUUCUUGGGAACAGAAAUGGCAGAAAUUCCCCACAGUGUCUAAUUGACACAGUGUUCAUGGGGAAUUUAAAUAAUUUUACCAUCACACAGGAGUUUACUUCCAUUCUGAUGCUUGUACUGUGAAGUUUUCAUGACAAAGUGAACUGUAUUAAAUCAUUAAAUCAGUAAAAACAUUCAUGUUACUGAGCUGCUUUCUUUCAAAUGUACAGAGAUUAUAUGUACAGAAAAUAACACUGAAUAUUUCACCUAUAUUUCAAUAUGAACAAAAAUGGUAGCUUAUUUUGAUGUAUAAAAAAUUAUAAAAAAUUGUUGUACAAAAUGUACUUGAGCUUUAACAAAAUGUCCGCCUAUUUAGUUUAAUGGAAUUAAAAGAAUAUCUUUUAAAUACCGAACUAUAAUAUGACACAUGUACAUAUUUGUAAAUCAUGUAAUUUAGUGGUGUGUGAAUAUGUGGAUAUGAUUAAGACUCAAAUGUUUAAAAAAAGGUAAGACUAUAUGCUGUUAAAGACAGAACAAAAUGGAGUAUUCACAUUAAUGAUGAUAAUUUUGAUAAUAAACAUCUUGA